AGUUAAUUUGUUUUUUUAGUUGGUGUUUACCUGAAAAUGGCGGUCGAUUCUCUCUCUAAAUUCGAGGAAGUUGCAGGUCAGGGUUUGAGAUUCAUGAUUUGAACAGAAAUUCGUCUCGACAUUGUCCGGUAUAAUCGGAUUGAAGUAGAGGUUUUCGCGCGAUUUCGAAUUGGGGGUUUUUUGUGGGAAUCAGAAGAUGUUGUCCGUAUCGCCAAGUUCAAUAGCUCGGAGUUCAUUAGAGGAGAUGCUGGAAUCUCUCCGGCAAAGAGACGAGAACGAGAUGCCGAAGGAUAUGCCUCCGGCUCUGCCGCCGCGGCCGAAGCCGACCUCUCGUGCUCGCCUUCCGUCGACCAAGCGGCGGCUGCCGAGCCUUGAAGAUGAUGAAUCCAGGGCAGCUCGGAGUUCAUCUGAUUGCUCUUUAGAAGGAGAGAGAGUGAGAACUUUUGGUCCUAAAAGAGUUAAAGAAAUGGAAGCAGGGGAAUCACCUUAUGUCGUGGCAGGAUCGAAUGAGUCUCGGUGGGAUGAUAAAUUGGGAUAUUUUAUUGAAAAGAAACUUCAUGUUUGGUGUCGAUCAGGUGAUGGACUUUGGGAAUCAGGACAAAUACAAUCAACUUCAGGGGAGAAAGCUUCAGUUCUUCUGUCAGAUAAUAGUGUUGUCACAGUUCCCAUACAAGAGCUCCUACCCGCCAAUCCCCACAUUCUUGAGGGAGUGGACGAUCUUGUGCAGCUUAGUUAUUUAAAUGAGCCUUCAGUUCUUCACAAUAUUAGAUGCAGAUAUCUACAAGACAUAAUAUAUACUAAGGCAGGACCUGUUUUAGUAGCAGUCAAUCCUUUCAAAGAUGUCGAGAUUUAUGAGCAUGACUAUGUCACAGCAUAUAGGCAGAAGCUUCUGGACAGCCCUCAUGCUUAUGCUAUCGCAGAUGAAGCAUACGAUAAAAUGAUGGCAGAUGAAACGAACCAGUCUAUCAUUAUAAGUGGAGAGAGUGGUGCUGGGAAAACUGAAACAGCUAAAAUUGUAAUGCAAUAUUUAGCAGUAAUUGGUGGAGGUAGUGGUGUAAUAGAGUCUGAAGUUUUGCAAACAAGCUAUAUACUGGAGGCCUUUGGUAAUGCCAAAACCGCUAGGAAUGACAAUUCGAGCCGAUUUGGAAAGCUAAUUGAAAUCCACUUCAGUGCCUCUGGACAAAUAUGCGAUGCAAAAAUACAGACCUUCCUCCUUGAAAAGUCAAGAGUUGUUCAGUUGGCCCUUGGUGAGCGGUCCUAUCACAUUUUCUACCAGCUCUGUUCUGGGGCUUCUUCUGCUCUCCGAGGUAGGUUAAGGUUAAAAAAGGCUUCCGACUACAAAUAUCUCAACCAGAGUGAUUGCUUGGAGAUCCACACCAUUGAUGAUGCUCAGAAGUUCCAUACUCUUAUGGGAGCCUUAGAUACUGUCAGAAUUUGCAAAGAAGACCAGGAGCAUGUCUUUGAGAUGCUUGCUGCAGUUUUGUGGUUGGGAAACAUAUCGUUUCUUGUAACUGACAAUCAAAACCACAUAGAGGUUGUCGCUGAUGAAGCUGUUACCAAUGCUGCUAGCUUGAUAGGCUGCAGUGAGCCAGAGUUAGUACUUGCUCUGUCAACCCGAAAAAUACAGGCUGGAAAGGAUGAGGUCACCAGAAGGCUGACACUACAACAGGCAAUUGAUGCAAGAGAUGCAUUGGCAAAGUUCAUCUAUGUGAGCUUGUUUGACUGGCUUAUAGAAGAGAUCAAUUCAUCGCUUACCACGGGCAAACAUAAUACUGGGCGGUCCAUAAGCAUUCUAGAUUUUUAUGGAUAUGAACCAUUGAAGAAGAAUAGCUUUCAACAGUUUUGUGUAAAUUAUGCCAAUGAGAGGCUCCAGCAACAUUUUAAUCGACAUCUCUUCAAACUUGAGCAAGAGGAGUAUGAGUUAGAUGGAAUUGACUGGACAAAAGUAGGUUUUGUAGACAACGUAGACUGUUUGAAUCUCUUUGAGAAGAAACCUAUUGGGCUGAUAUCUCUGUUGGAUGAAAUAUCAAAUUUCCCCAAGGCUACCAAUUUAACUUUGGUCGCUAAACUUAAGCAGCACUUGAAUGCUAACCAUUGCUUUAAAGGAGAAAGAGGUGGAUCGUUCAUUAUUCACCAUAAUGCUGGAGAGGUUCUUUAUGACACAGAGGACUUCUUGAAAAAGAACAGAGAAUCAUUGCAUUCUGAAUCCAUUCAACUACUAUCUUUGUGCACCAGUCGAUUUCCUCAAUACUUUACCUCUACGAUGCUCAAGCAAUCUCAGCAUCCAGAAAGUAAAUUUAUGCAAUCGAGCAUGUUUGCUUGUCAAAAGCAAACUGUUGCUACAAAAUUCAAGGUUCAGCUGUUUGAAUUAAUGCAGCAUCUCGAAAGCACAAACCCACAUUUCAUUCGUUGUAUAAAACCAAAUAGUAAGCAGAUCCCUGCUGUGUUCCAAAAUGAUCUUGCUUUAGAGCAGCUUCGAUGCAAUGGGGUUCUGGAAGUUGUUAGGAUUUCUAGAUUAGGGUACCCCAUCCGAAUGACCCAUCAAGAAUUCGCUACAAGGUACAGGUUCAUACUUCCGGAAAGUAUGGCUUGUCAAGAUCAUUUAAGUAUGUCAAUUGCCAUUCUGCAGCAGUUUGAUAUAUUUCCGGAGAUGUACCAAGUUGGUUACACAAAAUUAUACUUCCGGGCAGGACAGAUUGUUGCCCUAGAAGAUGUUAGAAAACAAUUUCUUCAAGGUACUCUUGAGGUGCAAAAACUUAGCCGUGCUCGCCGUGCUCGUCUUGACUUCCAUGAACUCAAGGGCAUAGUAGUAAAAUUGCAAUCAUAUGUUCGUGGUAAAAGUGCAAGAAAGGAGUAUAAUGUCUUGAAAAAGCAGCACAAGUCAGUGGUGCAAAUACAGUCUGCAAUUCGUGGAUGGUUGACCCGAAAGAAUUUUGGUCACCUUUGGAAUUCGAAAAAGUCAACUGUUAGUAAACCGAAACCAGGCAGGAGGAUGUCUGAAAGCAAGGAUCUGUCAGAAACAUUACCUUCGGUUGUUGAAGAACUUCAAAAGGCAGUUUCGAUGGCAGAAGCGACACUUGGACACAAGGAAAAAGAAAAUAUAGCUCUGAGAGAGCAGGUGCGAAAAUACGAGGCGCGGAUGUUAGAAUACGAAAGCAAGAUGAAAUCAAUGGAGGAGAUGUGGCAAAAGCAGACAUCUUUACAACUGAAUUUGGCUGCAGCCAAAAACAGUCUUAUUACAGACAAUGCAACGGGUCGAUCCGGAAAAAGAAACGGGUUCCAAUCUCCCCUUUCUUACGACUCCGAAGAUACGUCUAUGGGAACUCAUACACCCGGUGGUAACACCCCCGUCAGAUUUUUCAACAAUGGUGUAAAUUCCCUAAAUACCCUCGCAAACGAGUUUGAGCAAAGGAAAAGAAACUUUGAUGAUCAAGUACUAGCAAUAGUAGAGGUCAAAACAGGGAAUUCGCCACCCGUGAAUCCAGUGGAGGAGUUUCGAAGACUGAGACGAAUGUUCGAUGCUUGGAAAAAAGACUACAAGGCUCGGUUAAAGGAAGAGAAGGCUAAAGCACACAGGAUCGAAGGUGAGAAACAUCGACGAAGAUGGUGGGGAAUGAGAAAGUAAAAAAA